AUUAUUUAUUCGAUCUAGAUCUUAAUCUAGUAUAGAAUGGGUGAUAGAUUUUAAAGUUUGAUAUGACACAAUUUCAAGCGACGUUUUUUUAAGUCAAUGAGACGGUCGACGAUCGUAAGUCAGAAGUCAACUUUCCUGAAGUACUGAUCAGAAGUCAACUUUCCUGACGUACUGAAUUACAACUUGACCUGACGAAGUCACUUGACUUUAUACAAUUUGAACCAGCUGUAAACAAACACACGGAGCUUCAUGUUUAAACUCAGAGCUUCAUGACUCCAGUCAUCCUGUUGGAGUCAGCUAUGUUAAGUUUACAAUCACGUGACGCUUUUCUUCGUGCUGUGAUUGGUGCUCUAGUCGUCAUGGCAACCAGCGACGCCCUCAGAAACUGCAGCUUUGAAGGAGCGUUUCGUAGCCUGGACGUCUGUUACGUCUUCUACCUGUACCCAGUCAGCUGGCAGGAGUCACAGAAGAUUUGUAUCAGAGACGGCAUGUUGCUGGCCCGGUUCAAUGAUGUGGAACAGAUCCGCAGCAUUAUGGCGAUGGCCAUACAGGAAGAGGGCGACUACAUUGCGUGGAUCGGCGCAAGUGACCUGGCAACCGAGGGCAAGUUCACGUGGCUAGACAGCAGACAGACGAUGACGGGCGUCGUGUGGCGGGACAACGAGCCCGACCAUCUCAGGGGCGAGAACUGUGUCUGUGUGGACGUGACGUCACAGGCAUACGACGAAACGUGCAGCGAAGAGCAGCACUUUAUCUGCAUGAUGAUUGAUCCGCAAUGGUCCAGGACGGAGCCAGUGUCACAGUGCCACUGUGCGACUGGAUUGUGUCCGGACGAUGGACAGUGUCCAUACAACAGAUGUCAGAGGGGAUGGUUUGGGAACAAAUGCCAAUUUCGUGACGCAGCCUGCAGCUCACCUGACCACCUGACGCUGACUGACGGUGAUGACGCCACCUGCCUCAGCGGUUCCAGCCAGCCUCUCAAGAUGACCUUCUUCAACCAGACGGUCAUCGUCUGGCUCAGGGUCGUCCUGCUAAGGAAAGUGACCAGCCUAGACAAGCUGACCAUCACGUUCGGUCUCAGCACGCAGCGCACAGUGUGUGACAAGACACGUGUACUCCACGUCGAGGGCACGAGCUAUGACGUCUACUGUCAUGGCGGCCCCCAUUACGCAGAUCACGUGAUCAUCAAAGCAGAUUCUUCCAUGCGCCUUUGCUCGGUACAUAUGCACUCAGGUGUCAACCUUGGUCAGCUGUCUGGGACCGUCUCACCCUCUGUCCAGUCGCCCGACGUCACGGUGGACGGGGAGUGGGGUGAGGGCGUGGGGUGUAUGACGUCAGGUGGGGAUCACAACACGUCUGAUUGGGAAGUGACCUUCGAUAAGGAAGUCGUCAUCCAUGAGAUCGUUAUACGCAGAACUCUUAGAGAAGGCGGCCAUCACUUUAUGGACGGGUUUCAGAUCGAGGCUCUAGACACGCACUCACGUCCAGUAUUCCUGCACGUGGACCAGGAUCCGGACAGUCCGAACAGCGUGCACGUCUUCACGCGCACACAAAGUCCGGUCGUCAAGGUCAAGAUAUCAAUGCCGGGUCCGGCUCUUCCUGAGAAAUUCCUCGAGAUUUGCGAGAUCGAAAUCUACGGAGACUGCGCCCCACCACACUACGGACUCACGUGUGAGCACGUGUGUGGCGCGUGCCCCCACAAGAUGUGCCACUACAACGGUGACUGCGUGUUGCGUAAAGAGCCCCCCGGUAAGCCCGACCCUGGCGUGAAGCGGAUGAUCCUGCUGGCCUGUAUCGGCGUGACGCUGGUGGCCAUUGUGGCCAGCUCCUACUUCUGCUGCAGGGCCACGGACAAAUACAGCGAGCAUGCGGACAGCGUCCAGCCAGAGGAGGUCAAGGUCGUUCCACCCGAGCCCGAACUCCAUGAGGCUAAAGGCCUUAAGACCUUCCGUAGUGACACCGACGUAGACACGGGUAAAAGCACCACCACCCUGCCGGUAGAGAAAAGCGGCACCACCGUGCAGACGGGCUCAGACGACUCUUCCGUGCUGCACUUUCUCAAGGUGCUCCACGCGGAGGAGUCAAGGACCACCGCCUCCACCUCCACCACAUCGGUCAGCACUCAACAGUCACAGCCAUCCGUCACACCAGCGGCCAACCGCCCCCCUACUCCGGCGGUCAGCCGUACAGCUACUCCGGCGGUCAAUCGUGACGUCACACCAGCGGCCAACCGUACAGCUACUCCGGCGGUCACACCAGCGGCCAACCGUACAGCUACUCCGGCGGUCAAUCGUCCCACUACUCCAGCUUCCAACCGAUAACCUUACAUCUCGACUGCUGACAAAUUUUAGCCCCACCUUUACAUGCCAUGGUUGUUAGACUUGUUUUUAUUUUUUUUACUUUCAUAAACUAAAUAAAAUGAGAGAGCCGAAUCAAUCCCAGUGGCUAAAAACGAAUCUCCCUCACAAUCCAGAUGUACCAUGUAAUUAUAAUGUAUACCAGUUUGUUGAUGUAUAUUUCACGCACGAUUAGAUUUACUACUAUUACUUUUGUGAUUUACCAGUCUUAAUUUAACAUUGAAAUAAAAAU